UUGCGGCCUGUGCUCCAGUUCUGCCGUCCCCUCCCAUACUCUGUUCCUCCGCUCCAGAAGGCAGGAAGAGGGCGGCGGGGGCCCGCCGGGAUUUCGGCGUAUGAAGGACCCCUCGCCAUUUGGGUCCACGGGGUUCCUCCACCGAAAGAAGGUCUCGGUUCUCCAAUCUGCUGGAUCCUGCACCCCCCUCGAUACCGCACCGUCGUCCAGGGGCGGCCCCCUGCCUCCUCCGUUCAGGGCAGAAAAUCAACAGCUGAAGCUGGACAGAAGGCCUGGAUGACCUGUGGAGCUGGAGAGGAGAGAACCAUCCCAGCUUUAGAGCGCUCAGACCUGAUCUGA